UCCGGUUAUUUUGAUGGAUUAACAAUCGCGACAAAUCAACUUUAAUUUCAACUGAACAGGAAGAGAAUGAGACAUUAGGACUGUAACAAGAAACAUGAUAAGAAGCUAACAAACAAGAUGUCCCAGAUAUAGUUGAUGACAUUCAGUGGGAUCAAGGUGACCUUGGGACCUGGCACAAACAUCAUCAGCAUAGUAACCAUAGCAACCAACUCAGUCAUGUGACAACAGAAAAAAAACCUGGUACAAAUGAAACUCCUGAACACAAAGUUGAGCAAACUAAUAAUGAAAUUUUAACUGAAUGGGACAGUCAGUUUGACUUUUGCUUCAAAGACAGUCCAAAUAAUUCACCUGUGAAAUCUAUGCUGAAAAAAGAAAAUAGUUUAAAGUCAUCAAAAUUCAAGGCAGUUAUUGUAAAAGGGAAAGAUUUCGUUAAGUCUAAAGUGAACAGUUGUCGAGAUAGAUUUAGUAGGAAUUCUAUGAAGGAGGUGAAAAAGAGGCCUUCAAAUGUUACUGAAGAUGAAAGUGAAAAGGGAAGUAACUCCUGUGGGAAUCACAGGGGAGGUUACUCUGGUACUCAUCAAGACCAGGAGGAAAGUAACUCAGAGCAGAUGGAAAUGUCUGCUGACAUAAAGACAAUCGACAUGUCAUGUGACAUAGAUGUGAAAGAAGCUGAUUGGUCAGGGCAAAAUGGCAACAGUAACUAUAAGAAUGAAGAUUACAUGGUACUACCAGAAGUUUACACAAAAUAUAAUGGUGUAAGCGAUGGCAUCAGGGUGCAGAAACACGGCCAAGAAAAGACAGAUGAAAUAAAGAAAAAGCAUGGUGAAUUGGCAGAUGGACAGAAGAAUGGAAAACAGGUUGAGAUUGUCAUUGUUGAUGAAGAAGAAAAUGAUUAUAGAAAUGGCAGGAAUGGAGAAGAGGAAGAUCAAAAAGUUUUAGAUGAAGCCAUACCUUUGGGGUCAGAAGCACAGUCAUUUGAGAAAUCUACAAGAACUGAGACUUCACAGCUAGAAGUACCAGUGGACAAGAAAUUAAAAUGGCUUCUGGGAAACCUAGAACAACAUAGCUUUGGUUCUGAUCUGUCACAGAACACAGCAACCAGUAACUCUAGUGAUAUAAGUGUUGAUAUGCUAUUAAAUGAAAGAUCUAAUGAUCCAGAAGAAAUCUUGACAAAUCUUGGUUUUGGAGAAGGUGAACAAGGGGACAAUCCAAUCGAAAGAAUUCCAGAACGAUUCAAAGCUGACAAAUCAGGUGCAGAGGGUGUUUCAAUCACAGACUUUCUUGGUGACAAUCCUGAACUCUCUCAAAUACUUCAGGCAAUCUCUGAUCAACAGGAAGGAGGAGAAAAUCUUGAUCUUCAUACAAAUAUGGAUGCCAUGAUGGCCGCUGGUCACGGUAACCCUAACUAUGGCAACAUGCUUAAUUCAGUUAUGCAUGGCAUGAAGUUUCUUAAUCUUUUAAGUGCAAAAAGUUUAAAUAAUCUUGCUGAAAAACCAGAAGAACAUCCAAGUAUUCUCCAAAAUCCUAAAAAUAGGGAGUUUCUAGCCCAACAGGGAUUUUAUGACCGACACAAACAAAAAUGUAGGUCAGAGGCAGACACUAAAGCAAACAAAUUAAGCAGAACUCAGUCUCUUGAUGCCUCUGAGAAACGGAAAAAAUUCCAAGCCACAAAAUCUCGAAAUUAUUCAUCACUACAAAAUGUUCCGGAGCAAGACGAAGUAUUUGAGUCUCAUAAAAAUGGUGCUGGAAACUAUUACUCAUUUGGUACCAGUUUUGGUACGGCAAGGACAUCUAGUUUUGAAAAUUAUCGUCCGAGCAUGACGUCCAUUGAAACUUCAACUGAUUCGUUUGAUAGUGGUGAUUCCCCUGGAUAUACUGGUCGUCAUGGAAGUUCAAGGUCAGAACCUUAUCUUAUCCAAUCAGAACAAAUGAACAUUGCCGAUUCAGGUAUCUGGCAUACUGAAGAUUCUCAGAGAAGUGUUGACGAAGAAUACUUGGCAGACUUCACUCGAGAUUCUGCCAUUCAGAGAAAAUCUCAAGUUGAACGUAUGAUGAGUGAGGACAGUUAUAAUGUAGGAGAUGAUAUUGAUAUUUUACAAUCUCCGCCUUUUAGUCGAACAGGAAGCCUUGAAAGCACAUUGACAGCAAGCAGUAUCCAUAAACUUGAAACAAAAUCUUCAACUUUAAAAGGACAUGAAUCUUUUGAUGAUGACGUGGAUAUUUAUUCAGAAUCCUACUUGCCUGAUAAAAAUUCAGAGUCUAUGGAAAAUGUAGAUAGUAUUCAACGACAAUUAGUGGAGGCGGAAAGUAUUAAGAAAGAAAAUUUCAGUCCUAAUAUGUCAAAGCCUGAAUCUGUAUCAGGAUGGAAAAAGUUUCAAAAACGUUAUGGUGUAGAAAUGCAGAUAAAUGUACCGAGUGUAAAGACCGAGGCUGAUAUGGCCAACAACAACUAUGAUUUCUGUAGGAAUAUUGGGAAUGAGAUCCCUGUAGAUGGAGUACAGACUGAAAAACCUGGUUUAGGAGUGAUUGGUAAAAUCGAAAGUGUCCAGUCUGAUAGCAGUGGGUUCGCUGAAGCAGAGCAUGUAAUGCCAGAACCUAUUGUCAUACAAAAGGUAUCAAGUCUUGGGAGUAGUACUGAAAGUGACCAGACAUUUAAAAGUAGCAUUACUAUUUUGCCUGCCAAAUCAAGUGCACCCAAAAUGAGUGUUACAUCUCCAGAUGGAACACAAAGCAUUUCAUUGGAUAUAUCAGGAUGUGAGAGUUUUUCUAAUUCAUCCAAAGUUGAUAUUGGCAUCGGAACUGAUGAUUUUAGUGAAUAUUUGCAUGCACCAACAGUUUCCUAUCAUUUACAUGAACGAGACGGAGACGAUUCUGGGACUUACUCGGAAAAUAAUAAAUCUGUCAUAUUGACAAUUGAACUGCCUAAAAACUGGGUAAACUCAAAUCCAAAUAAAAAAAUUGGUAAGCCUAGAGUUAUCUCCCAUUUGUAUAAAGAAAUAGGUCAUCCAGCACGUAGUCAAAGUUUGGAUACUACAGAUUCAGAAACAAAUAGUGAGGUUGUAGUUAUGCGGCGUCACCGUGGACAAUCAAAUUAUCCAUUAGAAAGGGCAGCAUCAGAUAGCCAUGUGCCAACAGACUUUCCUCCAAGGUCAUCCACACCUCAUGGAGGUCAUUCUAGAAGUAUAAGAGAUUCAAUUAUGUUUGCAGAGUCUGCUGGUAGUAUGCCAACCGACUUUCCUAUGCAAUUAUUAUCCACACCACAUGGGCAUUCAAGAAGUAUACGAGAUUCCAUUUAUUUGGCGGAAACUAAGCAGACAUUUUUUCCGAAUCAGCUUCCUCCGCGCAGUGCAUCUCCUACAAGUCUUUCAGCUUUUAGUGCUUUUAACCCAUUGCCAAGACGGACAGGUUCUGACACGGAACAUUUUGAAAGUGAUCGUAACCUUAAUUUAUCUAGUGUUUCACUUGUUUCUAAGACAGAUAGUGUUUCAAGUACAUGCAGUGGUAGUUUAGAAUAUUACAAACUUAUGAAGCUUGUCAAUCAACCAGUGUCUUUCAAGACUGACUCAAAGGGCCGGAAAGGUAACAUACAAUUUGUACCAAAGUUUAAUGUAAAGGAAUGGACACAACUUAAAAAACAACAGCAAUUAGAAGAAGAAACCAAACUUGCUCAGCAUACCCUACAAAGAUAUAAAGCAGAAUUAAAUAUGAUGGAAUCUCAGUUCCUAGUCAAGACACAACUUGUAAAAGAUGAUCUCUCAUACAGUGAUAGGGAAGAUGUCCAGGAAUUACAAUUUUUAUUUGGAGAAUUACGUAAAGAAAUGCUAUUGACAGAAGAAACAUUAGCCAAUAGAUUGGAUGGUAUCAACAUGGGCAAUGAUAACUAUAACCCUAUGUUAGCCCUGGAUGUUAUCAGGAAGAUGACUGAACUUUUGAGAGAACAAUCUUAUCAACAACAGAUGGUGACAGAAAAAGAUGAGGAAACCAUGGAAACAACCCACAGUGCCACCUGGCGGUCUAGUGGAUCACAGCGUUUAUCUGAGAACAAACAAAGAGGCUCAAUCUCCGACCUAGAUUCUGAACAUAGCUUUAGCAGUAGUUUAUCUGAGCUGAAAGAAACAAUUUUAACUGAAGUACGACAAGAACUCCAUGACAACACACAGUGGUUACAAAAAGAAUUACAGAAGAAAGAGAGAGAACUGAAUGCAUUAAAGAUGGAACUAAUGUCUACCAAUAUCAAAUCUGGUACCACCAGGAAAAAACAUUUCUAUGAGAGUGAUGUAUGAGCCUGGCCUCACAAACCCAAAGUAGGUCAUUUUGGUACCAGUGACUGGAACCUAGGGCAAGACUGAUUGCUGAUUGUAAAGCCAUUAGGAGAAAGGGACCAGUAUAUGCUUCUUGAAACCGAGGAGGAUGAAAAGAAUGAUUAAUGAAUGAGGAUUUAUUGGAGUGAUUAUGCAUUUGAUUAUGAUUUUGUUAAAAAAUCAAUUACAAUGUCUCAAAUUUUUCACAACAGUUUUAUUUGUAUGUCUUUUAUAUUUUAUUCUUUAUGAUUUUUUCCAAAGUUCCAAAUUAUAAAUAUAGAAAUUUGAGCAAUACAAUUAUAAAUAGUACACGAACAAUUUUGAAAUUCAGCAUUAAUGUAUAAUUUCAUGAUAUUGUAAUUUUAUUAAGUUUUUUUAUACUCCGCUUCAUUUUAACCAUUUUACUUAUUGAACCAUCAAAGUUCUUUCUUCUUUUUUAAACAUAUUACUUUCUGUGUUCAAACCUUUUCAAAAAUUAAAUAAAUUUAAGAUAUGGAGAUAACAUAUUAAAGCUUAUAUUUGCAGUCAUCAGUUGUUAAUUUGAUAGUUGCAAAAAAUUUUACUUAUAACCUAUCAGUAGAUUCCAAAAAUCAGUUAUUUGUGACUAUCAAAUCAUAGACUGAUGGUAACAAAUCAGUUAAUAUCUAUUCUGAUUGGCUUUACAUUAAGACAAAUGUUGAUAAUUAUAUCCAUAAAAAGUACAAGAGCACAGAGAAUGUUAUAGUAGUUUCAUAAAUUAGAGAUUCUUUUGAUACUUAAAGAUUACCAUGGAAAGCAAAUGGACCAAAGAUAGACUGCAUAAUAUUUUGUUUUUGUUGAAAGAGGGAAAAAAGUAGAUGAAAGACAUUCUUAAGUGCUAAACAUAGAAAUCAAAAGUAGUGAGUGGCACAUCUUUUUUCAUGCUUAGAAUAUAUUUUCAGACAUUAUUCAAGCAUGUGCUUCAAGCCUUUAUAACUAUUUAAAACUGACAGCAAAUUAUUAUAUAAUGUUGCUGUCAAUUAGGUUGCAGGAAUGUCUCAAUAUACCUUCUUUUAGCUCACCAGGUCUGAAGGACAGAUGUGAGCUACUGCUAUUACUUGGCGUCUGUUUUGUGUAUUCUCUGUAUUUAUUAGCUUAAGUGAGCCACAAUUAUCCGCAGGAUAUCUAGUUUAAAAAUUAUCUGACACUCCCGACAACUAAAUAACUACUGUUAUUAUAUUAAAAGGGGAAAAAGGGGGUGGCGUAAGAUUGAUUUGAAGGGUGAAAAUCCUGUAGGUGCUAGCAGUUACCACAGAUUGCAGAAGAUCCCUCCAUUGCAAUGUUAUGCAGUAAAAGAAUAUGGUUACUUCUACCACUGGGUCAUACCCCUGCUGGUAGACUGUUAGUCCUUGAGGAUAUUAACAGCCCAGUAGCCAGUCCUUUGGACCUGGGCAUGAAAAUAAGGAUUUAGUUUUAUUUGAAUUUGAUGUCUUUAAAUUUCAAAAUCAUUUGAAUUCUGUUAUGUAUCUCUCUUUUGCAUAGCUCAGAUUACUUUUCCAGGUUUGGCUUUUUACUUUUGGUCCUUUUUGGUUUUACCUUCUCAAAUAUAACCAAUAUACAUGUUUGUACCUACAACAUUGGGACUUUGUUUGACUUAUGACCUUAUUUGAAAAUAUUUUUAAAUCAUUUUUCUCUGAUUUCAGUAUUUUUUGUUGUGAAUCAUUUGUUCUUGUUGGGUCAGGUGAGCGGGUCACAGACUCUAUGGAGCUUCUAGUCACAUGACUAAUCAUAACAUAUGUUAUGAUUGAUUAUUUUAUUAGAUCAUAACAUAUGUUAUAAUUGAUUAUUUUAUUAUGUAUAUAAUAUCUGAUCAAAAUCAAUAUUUAUACAAAGCAAUGUGUUGAAAUUACUAUUUAUUUGUGUUUAUUGUGUGAGGGUCAAGAUAUGACCUAACUACCAGUACACCAAAAUAUUUACUCAAAGUAUAAAAAUGGCAUUGACUAUUUUAAUUGCUUUAUUUUUAUAAGCUAGUAGCUAGUGAUACUUUAGUCAGAAUUGUGUUUUAAAGUGUAAUUGGCUGAUUCAGAAUCUAAUGCAUUGUGGGUAAUAUUUUCAAAAAGGUACAUCAAAAUGUUUGAUUGGAUAAAAAUGUCCUAAACUAUGGAAAAUCAACCAAUGAUGUGAUGUUAUUUUCAUAUUGGUGUAUGAACAAUGAGAUUACCCAUAAUCCAUUAGAUUCUUUUAGAUUAUUGAAACAGCAAUUUGGAAAAUGAAUGUAGAAAGUUAGUUUUUGUGCCAUAGUAGGUCAGAGAAGGAUUUUUAUUGAAUAAAGAUCUGUUAUUAAAUAUGAAAUAAAAUUGUAGAAUUAGUUAUGGAUAAAUGAGAACUGAAAAAUUUAGCCAAGAUUCUGCUUAGAUAUGAAUUAUGAAUAUAAUACUGUAAAGUCAGAAAUUUUUGCAUGCAUUUAUAAUUGCAGUUGUGCAAAUGUUCAACAAUGGAGGAAAUUAAUUAUUGCAAUUUUAGGUAAUUCUGCCAAAAUUUAAAUGUGAGUUAAUUUUUUUUGUAAAGCCUUUCCAGUCGCAAUUUUUGCGAUAACAAAAAUAUCACAAAAAUUUCUGCAUAACAGUUAGGGCUGUUCCAUUAAAACAUACAUGGUACCCAGGGAGGGCACUUUUAAAAUGGGGUAACCACCUAUAGAGGCAAAUUAAAAUUUCACUUACAUUUCCACUAUGCAAAAACAUAGAUAACACACACCCAUAGUUGAGAUUUGGAAGUGCCUUCCCUGGGUCCCAUGUAUGUUUUUAAUGGAACAGCCCUUAAUGAGAACUUGUAAAACUCAGCCAAAUUAGGCUUUGUUAUGAAUUAUGAAUUUAAUAAUUGAUAUUAUCAGAUGUAAAAUAUUUAGACUUCAUCUCAGGACACCUGUCCCUUCCAAUUCAGCUUUUAUAUUUCUUGUGUCUGCAUUCAAUAUUUCACUGCAUAGUAAUAUAUUGGAAUCCCAGCUUUGCCAUUUGACUGGACAUGUUGCCUUGUACAAGACAGGAAUAUCAUUUAUGGCGGAAAUAUUAAAACAUGUUUUUGAUUGACAGGUGAUGUAUAAAUGCUUCAAACUCUUGUGAAAUUUAAAACACAAAAAAGACAUUUUUUACUUCAAAAGGUUAAAGUUACAACCAAAAAAAAGUCAAUAUAAAAACUCCUGAUCUGAGGUCUUUAAACUCCUGACCAAUAAAAACUUGCCACCAUGAUAAACGGAAGGUGCUAGAAGUGGUGCUAAACACCAAAAAACAAACAAAACAUUUCUGAAAUAUGGUAGGUAUCUAUGUGUAAAAUUAACCUCAAAUCUGACAAAAAAUUGAACUGUACUUUUUUGAUAGACUAGAGGCCAAUUGUGUUAUUCUAUGUUACAAUGUUCAGAGUUUAUAGACUAAAAACAUUCCAUUUUUUGAAUAUUUUGAAUAUUUAGUUUUGUUUAAAUAAAUAGUUUGAAGAAUUGUUUAUAAUUCUUGAUAUUCUUUUAUUAUCAGGUUUUUAUGUCUUAAUUUUUAUAGAAAUAUUUAGAAGAAUUUGAAAAAAUACCUGUAUUAUUUAUAUCAACUGUUGAUGUCAAAUGAACUUAUAUGGUAGAUACUGUAGCUAUAAAGCAAGCAAGCCAAGAAAUUAUAUAUGAUAUUCCCUUUAUUGUGCCUUCUAAGCAUUUGAAUUAAGCAAAAUUGUGUAACUGAUACAUUGUAUGAUUUUCCCACAGUGUGAAUAUAUCUUAAAUAUCCUCUAAUGCAUUUUACAGUGUAUUUAGUUGUCUCCCCUUCUUUAAUUGUUAGAAAUUCUAAGAUUCUAUUGACACAAUCUGAACAAGAGUUAUUUCCCCUAUGUGGCCAUGUUACAAAUUCCUUCAUAAUCAGCCAUAUUCAACUUGUCAUACUGACAGCUAGACUUUAGCAUGUUAAGUAAAAGUUGUAUUCUGAGCAAUUUUAUAAUUUCUUUACUACGAUCUGGUAAGGAUCUCUUAUCAAACUUGUUUGUACUGCA